CUUAAUAAAGGAACACCAUCCUCUAGAAAUAUCAAUAAUUGCAUUUAGGAUAUUUAUGCAAUACACUUUGCGAUGAUUUUACACGUACUCUGGUUGAGCGCCCUUGCGUGGUCGAUGAGCAAAUGUGAACCACCAGUGAACAGUUAUCUACCUCCAAAUGCUGGAAACGGCGGUCGACCCUCAUCAGAGUACGGCCCACCUGGCAGAAACGGAGGGGGUGGAGGCUCAUCAGGCCCAGGCGGAGUAGGCCGGCCCAGUGGAGGAAAUAACCUAAAUCAACCUCAAGAUUCAUACUUCCCACCAGGACAGUCCGGGAGUUCUCCGGAUACGCAGUAUGGCCCUCCUUCAGGGCGGGGAAAUCAAGGUCCGCAAAGGCCUCAGUUCGGUUCUCCCUCCCAAAAUGGUCAAAAUGGUUUUGGCCAAGGAAACGGAGGCAAUGUACCUAGUUCGGAAUAUGGAACUCCCGGUCAGAAUAAUCGCCCAGGCUCUUCUCGACAGCCUUCUGGCCAAACGCCUUUCGGAGGUGAUAAUCGACCUCAGUCAUCAUACGGUCCUCCUAACGGCAAUCAAGGUUUUAAUAGCCCAUCAUCUGGAAGAGGCAACGGAGGCCCUGGAUCAAAUAAUGGAAGGCAAGGUCAACGUCCUGAAAGUUCUUAUGGCCCGCCCCCCACAGGUGGUUUUCAGGCACCAGGCAGCGGCCCCAGUGGCCGUCUUGAUUCCCAAAUGCCCGGAUCGUCAUAUUUGAGUCCGGGUUCUGAUUCAUCUCCUGGUGGGUUUGGGGGAAGGCAACAAUCUGGUGGUAUACCGUCUUCCUCAUAUGGCACCCCUGGUUUUGGUGGUAGUGGAGCAAGUGGGAGAGGAUUUGGUAUUGGAAACCAAGGCUCUGAUUUUGGCGGUGAUGAGUCUGACGAGCCGGCUAAAUACGAGUUUAGCUAUGACGUGGACGACCCGCAGACAGGUACUAAAUUUCAUCAUUCAGAACAACGUGACGGUGACGUGGCCACAGGGGAGUAUAAUGUAGAGCUGCCCGAUGGUAGGAAGCAGGUUGUCGAGUACGAGGCGGGGCUGCAAGGAUACAAGCCUCAAAUACGCUACGAGGGUGGAAGCGGAGGCGCAGGGUCCGGUUUUGGUUCGGGUGGUAGUCGGGGACCUCAAGGUGGUCAAGGUGGUGGUGGUCAAGGAUACCCACGUGGUGGUCCUGGCGAAAGCUUCCAAGGCGGCAACAAUGAUAUCGGCUACUCUCAAGGGGGGCCUGGUCAAGCUGGCAGACCUAGCCGUUUCGAGCAGGCUAACGACUUCGACCAGGGCAGUUCAGCUCAGCUGCGAGGCCAAGAAUCCAUGGGGUACCCUAGAGGAGGACCCGGUAAUGGAGGGAAUGGACAGGGCUCUCGUGGAUACCCCGGAGGCGAAGGUGGCCAGGACCAAUCAUUUGGACGACCUGGUAGCAAUGGAUUAGAGAGUUUCAAUGGAUCGCAAGACGGUGAGGCUGGAUAUCCAAGUGGGAGACCUCAAGGGGGAGAUAGGAAUCGGCCUCAAGGUAAUGGAAGAGGUUUCCCAGGGGGUCAGGGAGGUGGUGGCGGCUAUCCAAGCGGUGGGCCUCAGGGAGGCCGCGGCCCUGGUGGGUCCGGCGGGGACGAUGAUGGUUACCCCAGCGGUGGACCAAGUGGGCCAAGGGGCUCUGGAUACUAAGGCUAAGAAACGAUUCAAUGGCAUGCUUACUGAUAAGA